AUGGCCAGAGAAUUCAUCAUAACCUGCCCGCUGCGUGCCAUCCUCGCUCUCGGACCAUAUCCAGCAUUCCAGGAGGCAUCAUUCGCUUGUGUUCAGGGCUCUGUUAUUGCUCAACUCCAAAUCAAUGUGACCUUCAGUAGCGGAGUAGUAGAUGGCAAUAAUACGUCAGCAGACGCCUUCAUGCAACAGCUAUGGGCAGGGAUCCAAGCAAAUUUUCUGCAAGGCACCAGUCCGAAGCUCUCGACUAUAAUGACAACAUUCGGUGUUACAGAUGAAAUGGUUUCCAUGAACGAUGAGGCCAGCGCCACCUGGCAACCAUCUGCUACCACCGGCACUCCUGCCCUGCCUGAAUGCUCCGAUACUACUCCUGCAGAUACAGCAGCUAUUGACGAGAUGUCGACAACCAUGACAGAUGCCAUGACCACAGAAUUGCAGCAGCCUUCAACUGCUACCGCUGUGCCUACGGCUGCUGUAUCCACUGCCGCCCCCAGUUCAUAUGCAAGCAUCACCGAAGAGAUCACUGCCAUGACCGAAGAGGCCAGCACCACCUGGCAACCAUCUGCUACCUCCGGCACUCCUGCCCUGCCUGAAUCCUCCGAUACUACUCCUGUAGAUACAGCAGCUAUUGAUGAGAUGUCGACAUCCAUGACAGAUGCCAUGACCACAGAAUUGCAGCAGCCU